GACAGUUCCAGCUGUGGUGUUUGCACUCUUGUGGGAGGCAUCAUGGAGAGAACUGUGGGGCAAAUCACUCUCUUUGGGCUGUUGCUGGCUUUGGCCUCUACACUGCCAAACAAGGAUGACUGGGACGUCUACAGCUUUCACAUCAACUCCACAGUGACCAGUCGUUAUGCCACCACUGUCAUCACAAGCCGUGUGGCCAAUCGUAUGGACGAGUCAAAGGAAAUUGAAUUCCAUGUUCGGAUUCCCAAGAAUGCCUUCAUCAGUAAAUUUCGAAUGUUUAUCGAUGCCCAAGUUUAUGAUGGUGUUGUGAGAGCUAAGGAGCAAGCUCAGCAGCAGUACACUGAAGCUGUGUCACGUGGUGAAAGUGCUGGACUUGUCAGUUCUGUAGGAAGGACUCUGGAGGAAUUUAAGACCUCAGUAACUGUGGCUGCUCACAAAAAGGUCACUUUUGAACUCACAUAUGAGGAAUUAAUGAAACGCACACAUGGCAAGUACGAGCUGCAAAUUCAUGCUCGACCCAUGCAGCCCGUCAGUGACUUCAAGGUGGAUGUGCACAUUCAUGAGGAAGCUGGCAUCAGUUUCAUCGAUGUGAAAGGAGGCCUGAGCACCAAAGCCCUCGCUAAUGCCAUCACUAAAACACACAUAGAUAAAGAGGCGUGGGUGUAUUUCUAUCCAACAGUUGACCAACAGAAGAUGUGUGACAGCUGUAGUGAUCAGGGUAUGAAUGGAGAUCUAGUUAUUGUUUAUGAUGUCAACAGGGACAAUGGACUCGGACACAUCAAGAAAUCUGACGGGUACUUUGUUCAUCACUUUGCUCCAUCUGAUCUUCCUCGAAUACCAAAAAAUGUCGUCUUUGUUAUUGAUCAGAGUGGAUCAAUGCGUGGCAGAAAAAUACUCCAGACUAGGAUCGCAUUAUUCCACAUUUUGAAUGAUCUGGCAGAAGAUGACUACUUUGGUCUGAUCACUUUUGAUGGCAACAUUUUUCACUGGAAGCGAGAACUCGUUCAGGCCAACAGCAAAAACCUGGAAAGUGCCAAAAACUUUGCAAGCAAUAUACAAGCUAGAGGAUCCACAGAUAUAAAUGAAGCAGUGUUGCAAGGAGCACGUAUGCUGAAUGAUCAUAGCAGAGAAGGUUCAGCAUCUAUUCUGAUACUUCUUACAGAUGGAGACCCAACCUCAGGGGUGACAAACCUGGAGAAUAUUCAGUCAAAUGUAAGACAGGCUAUUGCAGGCAAAUUCCCACUGUACUGUCUUGGUUUUGGUUUUGAUGUUGAUUUUAAGUUCCUUGAGAAAAUGUCGCUGCAAAAUAACGGUGUGGCACGACGGAUAUAUGAAGACUCUGAUGCUGAUUUACAGCUGAAGGGUUUCUAUGAAGAGGUGGCCACACCUCUAUUAACAGAUGUGACAAUGAUCUAUGUGGGUGGGACCAAUCUAACCCAGACUAACUUCAGCCAGUAUUAUAAUGGUUCUGAGAUUGUGGUGGCCGGUGAGAUCACAGAUAACAAUAUUGAAACCUUCACCCCUCAAGUUGUGGCCAUUUCCAGUAAUAGAAGAAUAAUAUUCUCUAAUCCAAAUGAAACCGUGGAAUCCACUGGAACAGUGUCUGAUGACCGUAUCCAGCGGGUUUGGGCCUACCUCACAGUUAAACAGCUUCUAGACAAAGAGCUUCAGUUAUCUGGACCUGAGAAAGAGAAAGUGAAGAAGGAGGCUUUGGAGCUGUCACUGAAGUACAGUUUUGUGACUCCUCUCACAUCUAUGGUGGUCACAAAGCCUCCAGGAGAGAACAUAGAUGUGCUUCAUAAACCCAAGGAAGGUGAAACAUCACAGAGAUGGCAGUCGCAAGGAGGUCAAUCCAUUUUAGUUCCCCUUCCUCCUGCUAUUGGUCACGGGAUCAAUGGGGCUCUUUCUGCUGCUGAUUUCGAUCCUUCAUUUUCAAGACAAUCUUUGUCUCCUAGUAGUCACCUGAGUGGCCAUUCAUCUGUCAUGCAAGAGCACGCCUCCAGAGUAGAGAGAGGACGUCCUGGACCAGUCUUUCAACUGCAUCCCCUCAGAGGAGAGAGAGGACAGAGAGGAGACCUUGCACCAGUUGUUCUCCCUGAUGUCCAACCUGCUGUUGUUCAUCUUUCACGUAAAACUACUACUCUGGAAGCCACUGAUGCUCCUGUACUCCACAGGUUUUUGCUAAAAGCUGCGAAUCAGACUGUUCCACUAUGCUUUGACGUUAGUGGACCUGUCCGCCUUAAACUUUUUCACCAUCCCAGCAGGGAACUGUCUGUAAAUGGUGAGCUUGAUUCAGUUACAAAUGGAGGCUUCAGCAGAAUUUUCAUACACGUCAAAGACAGCCAACAUGUUGAGAUCGACACCAACUGGGUCACUGUACGAGAUGGACAGACAGUGACAUAUUACACUGGACAGGAUCACCUUACAGCUGGAAGUGUGACAGUGAUUGUGCGCAACAACGAAAUAGAUGUUGCCACUGGAGACAUGCAAAUGGUCAUCAUAGUUCAUGAGAAGAAUGGCCAAAAAUUAUUUUGGCCAGUUUUAAGACAGCAUCCCUCGGACAACAAUGCUGAAGGACUUUUAGCUGUAGAGGCUGCAGUUUAUGAGGAGGUACAGCAAGCUCCUGUCAGAAAACUAAAGAUUAAAAACCAGGAGGCAGAUGUUACUGGGGAGAUGGUUGUUGACUACAGCUUUGCUUCUCCUGUCACAAUGAACUGUUGGCUCAUGUCUGCUGACUCUGCCCUGCAGAGACCACUGUCCCAAUUUGUGAUUACACAGCUUUAACUGGCAAAUAUGUUGAUUUAUUUGAAAAAUCUUUUCAUUUGAAAGGAAAACAAGGCAAAAACAUAUAUUGUUUCUUUCCAUCUGUUUCCAACAUGUAGAAAUAUAACUGUAAUUGUGCUGGAUCUAGUGUCAGACAGCAUUACCAAUUAAAAAUAACAUAUACAUAAAUCAGGAUUUAUGAUUACCACCAUCUGGCAUUAACAUAGCGUCCAAAAUGACACAAAUGCAGUUGAGUUGACAAUAAUAAGCAUACUUCUACACCUUUAUUUUUUAAAUUCGUUGAAAAAUGUAAAUUUUAUAAGUUUAAACUACAGUAAUUAUAUUGUUAUAGCUAAAUGUUAAUCAGCUUUGCUGGCUGAUCUGGAAGAGAGUUGGAUUGUAGAAGGUUUGCUUAUAAAUAACAAUUUCAAAUAUUUCUGAAUCCUGGUUAAAUACCCCAACAUUGAGAGAGAAAACUUUUUAAAACAUUUCUUCUGUUUUGUCUUUUGCCUCAAACUGCAAAUGACAUGUAAUGAGGCUGACUUGAUUCAAGGAUCUCUGACAAAUAUAAUGCUGUUAUUUUUCUUG